AUGAGCGAGACUAUUUAUUUCGAAAAAACUAUAGGAAUUUGGAUGUCGGAUAAGAAAAGCCAGAAACUGAAUUGGAAAGAGUUGAUUAAAGCUUGUAAUUCACAUGGAUACAACUUGGUAAAGUUGGAUUUAGAGAGACCUUUUGAAGAGCAAGGAAAAAUUGAUGUAUUACUUCACAAAUUGACUGAUAUCAUAGCUGCAGCUGAUCAAGGUGAUAUGAAGGCUGCAAGUAUAAUUGCAAGAGUGGAGCAGUACUUAUCUAAUCAUCCAACCGUUACUGUGAUUGACCCGUUAGAUAAUGUGAGAAUUUUAUUAAAUAGAUAUUAUUACUAUUCAAUAUUACAAGAUGAGUCAUCAUUACAAAGUCAAGGUAUCUUUACACCUGCUUUUGCUGAGUUCACAACAAGCAAUGUAAGACAAAACAUUGAGAUUAUAAAACAAAGAGGUGUGAGAUUUCCUGUUAUAUGCAAGCCAACUAUAGCCCAUGGAUCAAAAUCAGCUCAUGAAAUGGUUCUUAUUUUCAAUGAAAGAGGCCUGAAUGUAUGUAAAUCUCCCUGUGUAGUGCAAACUUUUGUGAAUCACAAUGCAGUCCUUCAUAAAGUUUUUGUAGUUGGCAAUAGAUAUCACAUAUUUGAGCGACCUAGUCUUAAAAACUUUUAUGCAUCAGAAGAUUUGGAUCCCAUACAUUACAGCACAGGAGAAGUUUGCAAAGCAGACAGUCAAUCGACAUUAUCAAUUCUUGACCCCCAUGAUAAGGCAGAUAUGAAAAUGACCCUUAAUGAAGACAAAAUAAAAGCGAUUAUUCGAGUGCUGAGAAAGAAAAUUGGCUUAGUACUGGCCGGUUUUGAUGUGGUCAUAGACAAUGCGACAGGUAACCAUGCCGUCAUUGAUAUUAAUGUAUUUCCUGGUUAUGAUAAUUUUCCUAAUUUCUUUGAACAUUUACUAUAUUGUAUACAAGAAACAGUUAAUAAAUCGUUAAGUAACGAUAAUGUAGAUGAUUGCAGUAGAAUAGACGAGUUCACUAAUCAUAGAUUUAAUGGUUUAAUUAAUAUUGGAGGCACUCAUAGUUAUGGGGUAAUAGGUAUGAAUAUUAAU